AUGGUCCUGAAUGCAAACUUCUACAAGCCCGAAUCGGCGCCGUACUUCAAUCCAGCUGAGGAGCGAAAGACUGCUAUUGUCACGGGUGGAAAUUCGGGCAUUGGCUGGUAUACGGUGUUGCACCUAUACCUCCACGGUUACAUAGUCUAUAUGGCAGGCAGAAAUGCCGAGAAAGUUGCUCAUGCAGUGAACGAAAUACAUACCGAGGCUGUAUCUAGAUUCGGUGCUUAUACAGAAGAGGAGCAAAAACGCAAGCCUUUAGGCGAGUUGCACUCUCUCCAUUUGGACUGUUGUGACUUGAAAUCUGUGGAAAUAUGUGCAGAGGAGUUCCUAACCAAGGAGUCCCAUUUGGACUUGCUCAUCAAUAACGCCGGCUUGAUGGCCGUGCCUUUUGAAAUGACUAAAGACGGCUACGAAAUUCAGUACCAGGUGAACUUAGUGGCACCAAUUUUGUUCACCGAAAAGCUCCUUCCAGCAUUGGAAAAAACCACCACACAGGCGAGUGUACCCCGCGUGAUUACUUUGAGCUCCAUGGGCCACAACAUGUCCAUCAAAUACUGGGAUCCUGCUAACCCAAUCAACAAAUUUCCAAGCGCCUUGUACAGCUGGGUUCGGUACGGAAACGCGAAGCGGGGGGCAAUCGAGUACAUGCGCAAAUUCGCUCAGGUCCACCCAGAAAUAUUGGCUUUUUCUGUGCAUCCAGGUGUGAUCACUGACACUAGGCUAUACGACUGGUGGACUAGUAUGCCAACUCUUGGUCCGCUUUUCAAGCUUGGUUUCCAAGGCUGCGGCAAAGUAAUUGGUGUUUCGUGCGAGGAGGGUGCUUUGGCCACGCUUCGGGCUGCGUUGGACCCUAAUUUGAGUGCCCAAGAAAGCGGCUCCUAUUUUGUGACAGGUGGUGUUAUCGAAGCUCCAUCUAAAGUGGCACAAAAGCAAGAAAACAUUGAUACUACGUGGUCUUACAACAUACGUUUGUUGACUGAGAAGGGCUUUCUCAAGGAGAAGGUAUAA